CCAACCAAUUCGAAACUCUAGACGUGGCCGCCACUCAACGUUCACCUUCUUCCUUCUUCCUUCUUCCUUCUUCUUCCUUGUCCUUAUUUACAUUUUCAAAUUCCUCAUUUCCUUCUGCUAUAGCUAUGUUUAUGGCGUUCCACCAAAAAUGGCUGCAAAAUCCCAUUUCUCUCUUCAAGAAACUCUUUCAUCUCCUCACUCUCACUCUCCUCACUCUCUCCCUCCCACUUUCUUUCCUUCUCUUUUGCAGGCUCGUUCGUUCUCACUAUCUUCACGCUUUGCUCCCUCUUUCAACCCCUCUUCCUUCCAUUCUCUCCGUCGACCGAGUCCUUCUUUUAUCCCUCAUUUCGCUUAUUUCGGUAGCGGCUUUUCUCGAUAACUUGCUCGGUAAAUCCAUUCUUCCCACGAAAUCCUCCGGUCUGACUGCGGCUUGGCUUGUUCUCUGUGCGUUACAGGUCGCUAUGGCCUUGGGAAUCGAUCAGGGAAUGGAGAUUGUAAUCGAUGUCUCGAGUUUAGGGUUGCGGCGAAGUUUGUGGUGCCGGUUGAUGUUCUUCCUAGGGUUGCAUACGACGAUGAUUCAUUGGUCGAAGGUGGCGGUGAAGUCGGUGGUUGACGAUACCGUUUUCGGAGCACCGAUGGAGGAGAGCUGGAGUGAAAGAAUCGCCAUGGCGGUGAGCUUUGGGGGAUUAUGGUUGUGGAGAUUGAGAGAUGAAGCUGAAUCUCCGGCGAUCGUUGCGGAAAACAUGAUGGAGCUUCUUAUGGAUCCAACUAUGGUGGAUUUCUGCAGUUUGGCUCUCUAUUACCUUAUUGUCGCGAUCGGUUUCGUUAAGACUUUGAGAAGCUUUGUUUGGUUUCUGAAGUUUUUGCUUCGUGAGAGGAAAGAAGAAAGUUCUUCCCAAUUCUCCCAAGCCAAACGGAUCGAAGUCGUCUGAGAUUAAAGCCGUUUCUGAAAUUAUUUUCUUCAUUCAUUGAUGGCUCACGAGCAGGAACUUUCUUCCCCUCUAAUGGCGUCCACGAGAAACCGGAGACUGAGCACAGAGGCAAAGAAGACGAUUGUCCAUUUAGAAUGGAGGAGUUUGGAGAUUUCAACUUUCUCUCAGCUAAUCAAUCUGGCUUAUACCAACAGGACAUUCUCAAGAUUGGAGAUCAAACAAACUAUCAACAGCCCAACUCAGAUUGUCUUAUUUUUGACGAAUUGCUGUUUGACAACGAUUUUACCAUUUCCGAAUUGAUUCGGGAGAAGUCGAAGAUAUCGGAAAACCCGGCGGCAUAUUCUAUCAGUUUGAACCCCAGUAAACAAGUUUCGAAUCCACGUUUAGAAUCUUUGCAGCUGCUAAACAGCUAUGGUACCAAACAAAGUCAAGAGGAAGAAAGGGACAAUUCUUAACAAAAAAGGCGGUAAAGCCAGUGUGAAGAGAACAGAACAUUGUCAACUGAAGAGAUAUUAAGGGUAGCUGGAGCAAGAUAUGUUCAUUUCUUCCCUGAUGGUUAUGAUGACGUUUACAUGCUGAGGCAUCCGUGUGAUUUCUCUAUCUCCGGUCUGUUGAAGGAUGAGAGAGAAGAAGUUGAGCUUGCCCAUGUUCUCUUUGCUGCAGCUGAGAAAGUAGGCUAACAGCAAUUUGAUCGAGCGAGCCGGCUGCUUCAAUGCCGUUAAUGGGCUGCAUCUGCCUACGGUAACGCAGUCCAGCAGCUCGUUUCUUACUUUGCGAAAGCACUUAGACAAUUUCAAAAGAGAAACUGGACAGGAAGCAAUUAAGGAGCAAAAAGAAGAGGAAAUGAACCUUGAAGCACUUAAAGGAUGCACGAAACUUUUCAGCAAGUGAUGCAUCUAAGUGCUGUUCAAGCAAUAUUUGAACAUGUAAAACUGAUCAACAAAAUCCCUUUGAUAGAUCUUGAAAUCAGAAGUGGAGUUCAUUGGUCAGCUUUUAAGCUGUCCAAUGGAAUGUCUAAGAGAUGACAUGUUUAUCUUUUGCAACCAUUUCUGCAAAUAAGCACACGAGAGACAGAUUUUGGUGGACUUAAUAAACCUUAUUUUAUGAUUUGUUUUUCUUUUGUACAUCACAUUCGACUUCUUAUCGGAGUCGAAAGCUAUCCGGAAUUCUGCAAUGCAGGCUUCUUUAGCAAAUCAAAAUAGAUCUUGUGAUUCUUAUGGAGAUCAUAGAAUAUUUGUUAUGA